AUGGGAAGAUCAAAAAGUUGCAAUAGAGGCCAUUGGCAACCUGCUGAAGAUCAAAAACUAAAACAACUUGUGAAUCAAUAUGGUCCUCAAAACUGGAAUUUCAUUUCUCAACAACUAGAAGGAAGAUCGGGGAAAAGUUGCAGAUUAAGGUGGUAUAAUCAACUAAAUCCAAACAUAAUUAAAAAUCCAUUUAGUGAUGAGGAGGAAGAUUUGUUGUUGUCACUUCACAAAGUGAAAGGAAACAAAUGGGCAGCAAUAGCUAGAUAUUUUCCAGGAAGAACUGAUAAUGCUGUCAAGAAUCACUUUCAUAUAUUAACUGCUAGAAGGAAUAGAGAAAGAUUCUCACUCUAUGAUGCUGAUACAAUACUUAGCUAUGAUAAUUCAAGUAAUAGUCAUAAUAAUUUUAACUUAGGAAACUAUGGUAAGAAAACAGGAACAUUAUUUGGUAUGAGUUAUUCCUCAUCAAGUAACAUAACAUCAUCAAGUUUUGAUGCUUUUGGUGUUAAUGCUAACUAUAACAAGGCUGAAAAAGAAUCAAAGGUUGUUUAUAGUUCAAUUCUUGGAAGUUAUCAUAGUUUCACUGCUCCAGGACUUCCAUGUAUUGGUAAGGUUGUUUCACUUCAACAUAAGUUCAUCUCAAACUCUAUUAAAACAGGUAAGUAUUCAUGUGAGGAGCAAGAACAAUCUGAAAAAUGUGUUAAUGAUGUGAAGCAAAAGGGUGUUUCCUUCAUAGACUUUCUUGGAGUAGGAAGUUCUUCUUCUUCUUCUGCUCAUGAUGACACUAUUGGUGGUGGACCAUGAUAUAUGAGUUUAUUAAUGUUACACAUAGUACUGUUAUUAUUAUUAAUCAAUUUAAUUUAAUUAGUGUCAUUAGAGGAUAAAAGUGCAGUGCAAGGUCUA